GGGGUAAUUGGAGGCGCAGCCCUGCGAGUUGCAAGGCGCAAAGUGUGAACAGCUUGUCAGCAGUCAGGGAAAGACUUCUGUAUGAACCCUCUUUGGCCAGAGACCUGGUUAGAUGAUGUGCCCAGUGACUGACAGCCAGAUCCUUCUCUGCCACAUCAUCUACACUGUGGAACCUCCCUCUUAUGUUGACAUACUUGCAAGCCACAAAACUACCAACUGAAGUGUUUUAUCGCCUUUGCAGACGAAGACUGAUGGACUGAGCUGAGCGAGGGACAUCCCCCACCCCAGUGAGCGGAGAUGGCUGCAGAGCCCGGGGGAGAAUUCGCAGCGGCUUCCCUGGAUCUCCGUCUUCAGACAGCUCCAGAGGAAGGUGUGAAGCCAGGGACGAAAGCCGAGCAGGUGGGAUUGGCAGAGCCCAAACCAGAGAUGGAGCUGGAAGGAACAGGAGGCCCCUCUCCUGCCACCCAGAGGGGGACGGCGGGACUGCAUCUCGGCUGGGCAGAGCCGCAACGCAUCAAACAAGAACCAGAGGAGGAACUGUCGUCACAGCAAUGGGAAGCCCAAUGGCAGGAGUUCCUUCAGACAGUGCAGUCCUGUGGAGCAGAAGGAGACCCACGUCUUCCGGGGACUCUGCCGUGGGGUGAGGCUAAGUCUCGCAUGCCCUCCUUCGAGGGAGCACCAGCCGACAGCCGGUGGGCUGGAGAAGCAGAGAGUGAAACCAGACUCCCACCUGGAACAGCCCGGCAAGCCAGUUCCAGGCCAGACGCCGCAGGCGAGGGAGACGUCGGGCAAACGACAGACAUCAAGACGGAGGACGCCGUCGGCUCAGAGGCCCAGCGCCGGCUCUUCAGGCAGCUCUGCUACCGGGAUGCCCAGGGGCCUCGAGAGGUUUACGGCCGGCUCUGGGAGCUUUGCCACCAGUGGCUGAUGCCGGAGAGGCUCACGAAGGAGCAGAUCCUGGACCUGGUGAUUCUGGAGCAGCUCCUGGCUGUCCUGCCCUCGGAAAUGGGGAGCUGGGUGACAGAGCGAGGCUGCGAGAGCUGCCUGGAGGCCGUGGCCCUCGCGGAGGAUUUCCUCCUGAGGCAGCGAGAGGAUGAGAAAUCGGAACAGCUGGGAUUGGGGACCAUUGAAGAGGUGGUAGUAUGUGCCCCUAAAGGAGAAAACGCCCUGCUGGAUCCAGGCCGAAGAGUCGAGCACAGGGAUGUUGUGCAGGAGAAUAAUGAAGACAAGGCGCCUUUGGAUUGUGGACAGGUGAAUGAAUGCAGAGCGAAAAACGGUCAGCUCGAAAGCCCCACGCGAGUGGAGUCUUUGCAGAGGACCUUCCAAAAGAGAACAGCAAAGGUGCCUUCCUGGAGGGAGGAGCAGGAAAAGACUUCUGAGAAUCAACAGAGACCAAAAAGGCAGCAGAGAAACCGCCCAAAGAACAGAAUAAGCAAAUCCAUUUCUUGUGCAGACUACCUUCUGCGACAGAGAUUCCACACAGUGAAGAAACCUCAUCGGUGCUCUUACUGCGGGAAAAUCUUCAGUGGUAGAUCACACCUUAUUAUUCAUGAGAGAACCCAUACUGGGGAGAAACCCUAUAAUUGCUCUGCAUGUGGGAAGAAUUUUAGUCGCAAUUCACACCUUAUCGUCCAUAAAAGAACUCACACUGGGGAUAAACCAUACAAGUGCUCUUACUGUAGCAAAACAUUCAGUCAUAAAUCUCUCCUUAUUAAACAUGAAAGAACCCACACAGGGGAGAAACCCUAUAAGUGUUCCUACUGUGGGAAAACCUUCAGACAGAGGUCCUGCCUUACGAUACAUGAGAGAACCCACACAGGGGAGAAACCAUACAAGUGCUCAGUCUGUGGGAAGAGCUUCACUUGCAACUCGCACCUUGUUGAACAUGGAAGAACUCACACUGGGGAGAAACCCUACAAGUGCUCUGCCUGCGGGAAGGACUUCAGAUGCAAUUCGCAACUCGUUAGACAUCGGAGAACCCACACGGGAGAGAAACCGUACAAAUGUUCCAUCUGUGGCAAGAGCUCCAGUUAUAAAUCAGACCUUAUUAGGCACGAGAGAACCCACACACGGGAAAAACCCUAUCAGUGCACUAAGUGUGGCUGGGGCUUUAUUUGGAAAUCACAGCUCGUUAGUCAUCAGCGAAUGCACAAUGAAGAAAAGCCUUGGCACAGGCAUCAGGUCACUCUGGGGAAAGCUUUUGUCAUCACUCACUUCACAUGAUAGAUGGGAGAAGCCAUUUCUAUCAAAAUAUCCACCUUGUAUCACAUGGAAAAAAGCAUGCUCCCAUGUGUUACGUCUGUGGCAGCGAUAGGGAGUUCAGAACCCAUAAGGCUUACUCUCUUCCAACCUCCCCUCUGCCCCCAAUUGCAUUCCUCUGUUUUGAGGCUCCCUCCUUGCAACCCCGCUCUCCAAUAUCGCUGCGCACGAAGAGGGGUUCCAUGCUCCCACCAUGCAUUUCUUGCAGAGAGGUGGGGCGGGAAGGGGACGUCCCUCAUUUACACUCUUUCCUUUAGCUCUGUUGUUGUUGGUUAACCCUUAAAGAGCAAAGUGGCUGAAGCUGCCUGGCUGCUUCGCAUGGAGAGCGAGGGGAGGCGGGAAGCCCCUUUCUGGCCGGUGACCCUUCUCCAUAGUAAAAAUAAAAAUGCCAUCCACAUUUUUUUAAAAAAAGGCUUCGAGGGAACAGCUUAGGUUAGCCUAAACCCUGUUUCCUUUACCUGUUAGAUUUCUCUGUGCAGGGACUUUUUGUGUUUACUUGUAUGGAGGAACAUCCCACUCUGCUACAACCCUCCUGCAGUCUGAAGUGACCGAGUCCAGCCAGAGACAGAUUUCCUGCCUAACACCUCACUUCUGUAACUCUUGUGUUACUGUGGUGAGCACCGACAGUGCACUCCUAAGACCUGUGAGCAUCCUGCAAGCAAAUCAGGAGGAAUGCUCGUGGUCGCCUUACCUGCCCAUAAACAAAUCAGAACAAAUGCGCAAUAAAGAUAUGAGAGAGUCGAAUUCUGCUGCUUCCUAAGUCUGCUUGAAGCUGGUAGCCUAAAAGCAGAAUUCUCAUGAGUGUCUCUUAUCCACACUUCACCGGGAGGUCCCAGGGUUACCAUUUCAAGAGGAUAAAACCAUCCCCCAGCUAAGAUACAAAACAAUACGUAACUAAUUUAUAGCUCAUGAAAUUGGAGUUCUUUGUAUGGAUUCUGGUUGGCGCUGAAGGAGAGCAAGGCUGUCAUGCCUUUAUCAGCUGAGUGGCAGGCAGGUAUUAAACAGAGUAAGCCUUUUCUAGUCCGGAACGAAAAUUAUGGGGAAAGCUUCACCUGUUUGAUAUUGUAUUUGUCAGGCAUCUUGUUACUUGCGUGUGACCCCUGGUUUAUCUUUGGGCACUCCUCCCCCCUCCACCUGCCAAAGAGGGUGCACAUUUGCUCAUGACGUGAAGGGGAUGUAUAUUUGUGUCAUCGUCUGUGAGUGCAGCAGAGGGUGUGAUCCACAUCCAGUGGACCAGGCCCAGAAAAUCCUCUUGGCAGUUUGGCACCCCUGGUUACCCCAGGGAAAGGCAUAGGAGUGGUGGGAGGGCAGGCUUGAGGGAUGAAUCCCGACCGAGUGAGUAGUGGAGGAGGCCAGCAGCAGGCCAGAACGAGAAGACCUGCAAGGCUGAAUCCCAGGAAGCUCUGCCUGAAGGGGUCUGGAGUUUGGAGGAGGUAAUCAGGCGCAGCAGAACUUGAUCUCUAUUUCCUCAUCCCCAACGUAAGGAAAAAAACAAAGCACACCUCUCAUCCUGCCUGAUCCAAGGGCAAGGAGGAGCUGCGGGUGAGAAUUCUCACAUGUAGCCUGUGCAUGCAGUACUUCUUGUGUGUGGCCCCCAGCUUUGUACACAUGUGCAUAAGUCUUUGGAGGAGCAGCAGCAGAGUCCUCAACAUCAUGCGUGCCCUGGGCCCCAUAAACCCUCUGGGUGGCCCUGCAAACCUGACCGCAGGGGUUGUGGCGCCUAAGGCACUCCUCGGUCAGGGUGCAAUUUUUUCUAGGGCUGGCCUUGCAUACUUUAUUAUCAAUAACACACAUCCCAUUUAGGUUUUUAGAACAGUUUCUGUAUCUUUUUAUUUACAUGCAUAUUUCUGGUUUAAUAACUUCCAUUAAGAUUUUACACAUGGACAGUUUGAUUUCCUAUUUAUUUUGCUGACAUGUUUGUUUCCAGUUUAAUAACUGGCAUAAAUACUUAUUUCGGUCUAUUUUAAAAGACAUAAUCUUUGCAAGACAUCAGGUUUCCCAGUUGAUUUCUGCAUUCCCAGUUCUGUCUCUUUCUAAAGUCAUCCUAGACUUUUGGCAAAUGAUUCCACUUCUAGCAGAUAAAAGGGUGCUCUGAAAAAACCAUUUGGCUCAUAACGGAUUGUCACGUGACCUCUAGGAAAGCAUACCUGUGAAACAUUAGGUUAGUCUUUCCAACUAUGCGAGAAAGAUUUGAAUCCUGGCGAUACACGCUUCAGGAUCAAGGAGCUGUGGACAUAAAAAGAAAAUCAAUUCCAUCAAAAUAUAAUAUUUAUUAGCAACAUUCUGACAUGUUCCAUUAAUUUUUUUAAAAUAAUUUUAUUGAAUAUUUAAUAUACAGGGGGGGAAACCCGAAACAAACAUUUAACAGAAACAACCCUAUCCCUGGAUCGCUGAGGAUAUUAUAUAUAUAUAUAAGCAUAAUGAACAUUUACUCAAUACAUUGAGAAAAAGAAUAAGAGAAUUAUAAAUAUACUUUAUAGAAUACAAUUCAAUGUUUAUGAGUUGGUUAGCAAAAGAAAAUUAAGAAAAAAGAAGUUUCCUUUUUCUUUAAGACAACCAAAUGGAUCUAGCUGUAGAUGGGAGUUGAUCAUGUAAACCAUGUUUAUUUGUGUAAUCAAUAAAUAACCGCCAGGUGGCAACAUGUGCAUCUGAUUUAGUCUUUAAUAGAAAAUGAGCCAGGGUGGUGUAGUGGUUCGACUGUUGGACUACGACCUGGGAGACCAGGGUUCGAAUCCCCCCACAGCCAUGAAGCUCACUGGGUAGCCUUGGGCCAGUCACUGCCUCUCAGCCUCGGAGGAAGGCAAUGGUAAAACCACCUCUGGAUACCGCUUACCAUGAAAACCCUAUUCAUAGGGUCACCAUAAAUCAGGAUCGACUUGAAGGCAGUCCAUUUCAAUAGAAAAUGAAGGUUAUGAGUAAUUUUAUCUAAUAAAGUUAUAUUCCAUAUAUUUCUGUACCAUGUUGUUCAAAUUUUCUAAUAAUUUCCAAUUUUGCACAACCAUUUGACGAGCUGCCAUUAAUAAUUUAGAAAUCAACGGUUUAGAUUUCAGUUUAGCAUUUUCAUCUCUAAACAAUUAUAAGAGGAACAGUUCAGGAGUAAAUAUAAUAUUCUCUUCUGUAAUAUUUAUGAGUUCCUUGUGCACUAAAUUCCAAAAUGGGAUAAUUUUAGGACAUGUCCACCAAGAAUUAAAAUAUGUACCUUUGUUGGAGCAUCCACGCCAGCAAAGUGGGUUCAUGUUAGAGGAUGUAUAAGACAAACGGGUUGGCGUUAAAUACCUUCUAUGUAGUGUUUUAAGGUUAAUUUCUUUAUGGGUAGCAGAUACAGAUUUAUUAUAUUUAAACAAGCAAAUAUUUUUCCAUUCCAUGUUAUUCAAUUCAGAACCUAAAUCUUGUGCCCACUGAGUUUUAAGACCUGUAAGUUGUCCCAUUUGUGAAUCUAGUAAUAUUUUAUAAAACACAGACAUGAUACCUUUACCUCUAAAUCCCAAUGUUAACGCUACAUGUUCAAAUGCAGUAAGCGGGCGAGUAGCAUGAACUCUAACACCUGGAUCUUUGAGAAUGUGAGUCAAUUGGAAAGUGUGAAGCCAACCUAAAUCGAAAUUCAGUAUAUUUACUCUGAGCUGAUCCAAUGUAAUUGGGCAAUCCUGUAUGUAGAAGUCUUUAAGCCUAAAGUAGCCACACCGUUCCCAUUUUGCAAUGUGUUUCCUAAGUGUCUCAUCUUUAAUACUAGAAUAAGAUUGUAGUGGAGUAAAUGGAGAAUAUAUUGGUGAGAUUUUUGAUUGCCAGUUUUUCCAAUUUAAAAAGGUAGCUUUUGUAGAUGGAUUGAUUAUGGAGUGUAGGACAGAGUAUUGUAAGCUUGUAAAUGGUAAUGAACACGAUGGUCUGAGCUGUAACAUACAGUCCUCCAAUUGAAUCCAAGUUUUAUUAGUUCUCGUAAUUAUAAAGCUUAAUUGACAAAGCUGAAAGGCUGAAUAAUAAAUCUGUAAAUUAGGGAGUCCCCGUCCCCCUUUAUCCGUGUGAAUGUAAUAUAGUUUCUUUGCUAACCAAGGUUUUUUCUUUUGAAACACAAAUCUAUUUAAUGUGUCUUGCCAUUUAUUAAUCUGUUUUGGAUGAAGGAGGAUGGGAAGAACUUGAAAGAGAUACAAAAAUCCUGGGAUUAUAUUCACACGUAUGGAAGCUAUUCUUCCCAAUAUGGAAAGAUUAAGUCUAGACCAUCAUUUUAUGUCCUUUUUAAGUUUACUUAUCAAUGGGUAGAAAUUAAGUCAGAAUAAUCGGGAUAGUUUUUUGGGAAUUUGUACUCCCAAAUAUCAGAAUGAAGUAUUACAGAUUGAUAGUUCCAAAUUUUUAUAAAUUUCUAUUUGAUGACCAGGUGGUGUAUGAAAAACAUACCUGAUAAUGUGCAAAAUGCGGCGGCCAGAUUGCUGACAAGGACCAAGCGGUCCGAGCAUAUAACACCUGUUCUGGCCAGCUUGCACUGGUUCCCAAUAUGUUUCCGGGCUAGAUUCAAAGUGUUGGUAUUAACCUAUAAAGCCUUAUACGGUGCGGGACCACGAUACCUUGCGGAACGCCUCUUCCGAUAUGAACCGGCCCGUGCACUACGUUCUGCUACGAAGGCCCUCCUCCGGGUUCCAACUCACAGGGAGGCCCGGAGGGUGAUGACAAGAUCUAGGGCCUUCUCAGUGGUGGCCCCCGAACUAUGGAACAGUCUCCCUGAGGAAGUACGCCUGGCGCCGACUCUGCUCUCCUUCCGGCGCCAGGUCAAAACCUUCCUAUUCUCUGAAGCAUUU